AUGGUGGUCGCAACAAAAUAUGUUUCUCUUCUUAUUCUCUCCCUUGCACUGCCUCCUACCCUCUAUUGGACCUGUAUUGCGGGGCAGAAUAGCGGUCUCAAACCGGCACUAGGGACCGACUCGCGUCGCAACUCUAGGGUAGCCAACAGUAGCAACGGGCCCCCAGAGCUCACCGUGCUGCUGACGCCCUUGUUCGCAGCGGACAACAUCACUUCAGUGCAUGUUUCUAUGAGUUUUGAGCCGCGCCCAGAACUGAAAGCCACGUCCGGACUGUUUCAAGGCGCCACCACUGCCGCUAGCAUCCCAGCGCUCGACAUUGAAGAAGGGUCCUUGCAAGUCUUUGAUGCAGCAGGGCCCCUCGAGGUCACGCCUCACGAUGUUGCACUCAAUGGACAUUUUGUUGGCUACCGGUGGAUUACGGAUCGGCCUACCGAGGGAUCUGUCAACAUUUCAUAUAUCGCCCUGCCCCGGUCUGUCAGUAAUACGGAGCGCAACGGACCGGUGCUUGACUUUCGCCUCGAGAGCGGUGGCCUUCUUGCUUCGGGCUUCUCACUCCUCGUCGCACCAGUUGACCUGGAGGAGAAGUAUGAUGUGUUCCUGGAUUGGAAUCUCUCUCGUGCACCAAUUGGGACCAAAGGUGUCUGGACAUGGGGUCCGUCCAGCGAAGGGCCAACUAUGCGCCGGAUGACGGCGUUUGGAAUUCUUCGGACCUUUCUCGCGGCAGGUCCCGUACAGGCAUAUAUCGACGAGGAUCAAGCCGGUGCGCUGGCACGGUUCAAUGUCUACUGGCUGGGGGAACUCCCUUUUGACGGCGAUGAGCUUUCGGAUCAAAUCGGCCAGCUGUUUCACGACAUGUCUGACUUUUUUGACGACGACGGGGAGAGCUAUCGUUGCGGCUGGGCUCUCAUCGUGGGUUUGAUCGAUCCGCAGCUGGCUGUGAGGGAUAUAUUCUCCAACAACGAAACUCACCUCAAUGCCUCUCAGCAGGCCAACCGCUGGCUCUAUUCUGUAUUUGGCCGCAAAUGCGACCAGGAGCAGUUUGAACAAAGGGACUUUCAUGAAGCAGAUCUCGACGGAGAACAUGUCCGCAGACGCUGCGAUACGUAUUCGAGGCGACUGGACCAGUGGUAUGAAUCGCUGCGUGAUUGCGACCAUCCAGUGGCUCAACUGGCAAGCAAACAGUCUUUCCUAAUGAGUUCAUCUGGAAGCCCUAUUACAACCUACAAGUUCAAGGACAGCGCCAUUGCUAUUGGCUACGCCACGUAUUUGCUCUCCAGGAUGAUAUGCAACUUCCUGGAGUCGCAAAUUGACCAUAACGUCUCUCCCAUGACGUUAGACGCUUGGGCGCAGGUUCUCAUUGGUAUAGUGGCUGGCAUGGACACCCAGUCCCAAUCCUUUACACCAAUGCAUGCAGACAUGUUUGUACUGUUUACCGUAUUCCUUUGCGCUAAUCUAGACCUUGUGAAUAUUAUUCUGUACGUCAUAGUACCAGGCAUGUUGAAAACAUAUGUCGCGGGCCCGGAGCGUGGCAGAUGGAAGUAUGUCAAGGCAGUAGUAGAGCUCGUUGUUCGGGAGCGAUUAAGAGGAAGGGCUAUCCGAUAUAUGAUAGACGCUGCGGGAGGCGAUCACAAGUUUUGGCCGCUCGAUUCAACCCGCAAUAUUGCGGCUUUCGGAGACUACAACGGGCCAGGGUCAUUUAGAGACGUGUAUACCAUCAACAUAGACUAG